AUUCGAUCAUACAAAUUGUCAAUAUGGUAAAAUAUUUUUUGUCCGCAGUUUUUGUGUUUGUCUUACUUAGCGCAUUCAAUGAAGAAGUUUCGUGUAGAGCGCAAGAUGGAUUAAACCUUCCUGUGGACGUACCAGCAGACGGGCUUCCAAAAGUACCAGAUGUACCACUUGUGGACUUCAUGAAAGACAUGGGCGGCAAAUUCUUAGAAGUAGUUGGAAUGGAAGAUGAAGACANUGUUGUGGCAACUGGAGAUGUUGUGGCAGAUGCUGAUAUUGAUGAAGAUGCGCUUGAUUAUGAUACAGAUGAUGUGACUGGUGCUGGUUCAAAAACCAAAACACUGACAGGAGAUUUGCCAGCUCUUCCUGUCGACGAAGAAAAAUCAGAAGACGGUAAAAUAUCUGAAAUAUUAGAAGAGCUUGUGGACUUCAUGAAAGACAUGGGCGGCAAAUUCUUAGAAGUAGUUGGAGUGGAAGAUGAAGACACUGGUGAAGUUGAAGAAGAGCUAGAAGAAGAUUCAGAAGAUGAUUUAUUUCAAUUUGCUAAAGCACGGGAAAAUAAACAUCGCAAAAUGAACAGCUUAAAGUUGAAUGAUUUGGAAAUGCUUUUUACACCUCAGAAAUUAUCUUUAAUUCAUAAAACAUUUGAGUUGAGAUGGGAAUUGCUGUCAGAUCUUUUGAAAGUUGCUGACGGCGAUCCAUCCUUGUUCGUGAGUUGGAAGGUAUUUCAAUAG